AUGAUGGGGACUUCUCACUCCGACGUAUCGAAACAUCUGGUGCAACCUGAGGACUUGGAAUCCUGGAAUGGACGUCGGUGGCGUCGAUUCUCUACUGGGUAUCCUUGGUCUGUCUUGCUUGUCGCAGCCGUAUUCGCGCUCGUACUACGGAGAAUUCAACAACAUAUAGCCAACGAAUCCUCUCGAGAUUUACACCCGAGUCCACAUCUAUCGACCGCUGAGUUUGAUUGGUACAAGCUCCAACCACACGAGAAUAUCACCUGGACACCCUGCUUCGACGACCACAAAUAUCUCGCAAACUACAAAGGAACGAUAUUUCUUAACCCUGGAGGUCCUGGUGGAUCUGGAACAGCGCUUAUGCCAGUCCGAGGAGAGAUGAUUUCGAAGAUUGUGGGUCCAGAAUUCGAUCUUCUGGGCUUUGAUCCUCGCGGGGUGGGCGCCACGACGCCACCGGCUCAAUGCUUUGGUUCGGAUCGGGGGUAUAAACAAUGGGGUUUGCAGUCACUCUAUAGCUUGCUUCUCUCUGCGAAGGAGACGUUCGGACGGGCUCGUAGUCGGGAGAAGGUUGUUGCAGACAUGUGUCUUCGCGCUCUUGGAGGGAAUGGCAAGGAGGAAGCGGGCGGGACUGGCGAGGAGUGGGGAGCGGGAAGAUUUAUGAGCACACCGUAUGUCGCGACGGACAUGUUGAAGAUCGUGGAGAAGUUGGGCCAGGAGAAGUUGCAGUACUGGGGCUUCAGCUAUGGCACAGUCCUGGGCCAGUAUUUUGCCGCCAUGUAUCCGGACAAAGUCGGACGACUCGUUCUGGACGGGGUGUUCGACGCGGAGAAUUACAGCAAAGGCCUCUGGUCCUCAAAUCUCGAAUUCAUGGAAUCCGUCCACCAAGCCUUUUAUGGUUUCUGCUCCAUGGCGGGUCCAUCGAACUGCGCGAUUUACGAGCCGAGCCCGGAGAGGGUCAAAGAAAGGGUCGACAAGAUAUUCGUUGACCUUGUUCGAUCUCCCGUACCCGUCCCUUUCGCGUCUUCCGGCCCAGCUGUGAUCACAAAGGAUUUUGCGCGGGUUAGACUCUUUCAGGCGCUUUACGAGCCAUAUUUAUUCUUCGGGCACAUGGCGGACGAGUUGUAUGCCGUGGAGACGAGAAAUCAGACGGUCUUGGAGGAAAAGGUCGACGGCUUGCUAUCUCACUCAUGCGACUGUGGUACGGAAGGCCUCCCCUGGACGGCAGAUAAUGAGGCCCUUUACGCCGUUGCGUGCGGUGAUUCCGGUCCACUCAUCGAGGAACCAGGUCAAUUCGAAGCUCAUUACGCCAAGCUCGCAGCGAAGUCGCCCUUAGUAGCGCCCAUGUGGGCGUUGUUCCACCUCCGUUGCUUGGAGUGGAAGAUUGAAGCGAAGUGGCGGUAUACGGGCCCUUACUCCGCAAACAACACGGCACAUCCUAUUCUCAUCGUCAAUCCCUCGUACGAUCCAGUCUGUCCUAUAACUGAUGCGCGGAAAGUGCGCGAGCGGUACGCCGGUGCAGGUCUGUUGGAGCAGCAUUCGUAUGGGCAUUGUUCGUGGUCAGCACCUUCGGUUUGUACGGCGAAGGCAGUACGGACGUACUUCGUGAAUGGAACGUUGCCGGAGGAGGGUACCGUUUGUGAGCCAGAUAGGCUCCCGUUUGGGAUGGAGAAUGGGAAGAAGGUUCAGACACUGUCGAUGGAAGAUGUUGAGUUGUUAGAUGCAUUGAGAAGGCUGGCAGGUGCGGUACCAGGACUGGGACCAUGGUAAGCUAGCAGAGCUCGUAGUGCGCCUUAGUCGAUGCCACACUGCUGUACUGUGGAGGAGAAUUUUCCAACGAUUUCCGACUGAGUAAAGAUAUAGUGAACAAAAGACUUCCAGUCCUGUAUUUUGACUCGUAGGGCUUCCCUUCCGAAUGAGCAACUGCAUUCGC